AUGCAUCUUGAGACCCUCCACCUGGCUGAGAAUCAGUUAAAUGGUUCAAUUCCAAAAGAAAUAGGACAACUAAGUUUUAGUGAACUGGCUCUGUACAGUAGUGGCUUGGACGGUUCAGUUCCUGCUUCUUUUGGAAAUUUGAGUAAAUGGCUUGGUUAUAUCUUUUUAAUAAUUCACUUUCUGACACUAACAAUUUCACUAGUAGUUACCCAUAAUAUUUGUGUUGGUGGUUCACUUCAAAUAUUCACUGUGCAUCACAACAAUUUUUUGGUCCCCUCCUACGAAGUCCGACCAUCUCUCAAAACCAUCUCGGAUUUGAAACAAAAUCUCGAGAACUUAGCAGCACAGUUGAUCUCCAGAAAGAAAAUCGCCUUCAGAAACGAACCCACCAAAACCCAAACCCAGAUCCCACAAAAUGGUGUCGUUUCAGCACCAAAUGAAGCAAAACCAAAGUCAAAUUUCCCUGUUCGUGAAUCCCCGGGUUAUCGAGAUAAACAAAAUGAAGUAUUGUUCCGAGACUUUAAGGGUUCCGAAAUUGGAGAGUUUACGUUAGCGGGUUUGGACUCGUGUGAGGUGAGAUUAGUGGGUUGUGUGAACGCUCUCUUUGUUAAUAAAUUAAAGGGUUAUAGAGUUUACGCGGGUCCUGUGACGGGCUCGAUUUUGAUUGAAGAAGUUGAGGACUGUGUGUUGAUUUUGGCUUCGCAUUAAAUUAGGAUUCAUUUUUGCGAAAGUUGUAGUGACUUUUAUUUGAAAGUUAGGAGUAGACCGAUCAUUAAGGAUUGUGAUGGGGUCAGAUUUGGGCCGUAUUGUUUGAAAUAUGAAGGGAUUGACGAGGAUUCGGAAGCUGCCGCGUUGAGCAAGGAGACGGGGAACUGGGGCAAUGUGGAUGAUUUCAAGUGCUUGAGAGUUUUUCAAAGUCCCAAUUGGUUAGUUUUGCCGGAAGAGGAGAGGCUUGGGACUGUUGAUCUGGCGGAUUUGGGAUAUGGGAAUGGUGCAAGUUAG